AUGUUGGUAGUGUCCAUUGUAGAUGUACUAAAGGUGAAGGUCAAAAACUAUGAAGCAUUCCACUUCAAACUUGACAAUCCAAUCGAUCCAGAGACUAGUGCAUAUAUAUCUUUAUGGUUGAAUGGUGGAGUAGCUGGAAGACAAAAGAUAUAUGCUCGUCUGACACAUGAUAAUGUGGCCAUCAACCUUGACUACUUGCUGUUUGGUCCAAAUGGAAUGCUGGUCAAUGCCACAGAGAUACUGCCCAACACAUGGACACAGGCCAUAAUCAACUUGGACAAUGUAGACCCAAUGUUCUACGAUGGAUUGCAAUUGCUAUCGGUUGGCAACAAGCUCCAAGAGACACUCUACAUCGAUGACAUUGUCAUUUUUAAGCGCUGUGACAUUGAUCCAUACACCAAGAAGGCCGUGUCCAACAAGACCAUUCCAGGCGCCGAGUCAGUCACCAUGCGUGUCGUCGAGUACAAGCUGCCAUGGUUCGAGAAGGGCAAGCAGUACCAGAAGUACUUUAUCACGUUCAAGAACAUUGGCGAGUACACCAUCAGUAACUUGAAGUUCAAGCCACUGUACUUCAAGCCGAGGGAUGGUCAGCACGACAUUUGGGGCUGUGAUGUCGUCUCCAAGGGUUUGUACACCAUUCCCAAGAUCUACAACAAUGCCUUUACCAAAGGUUCCGAGUUCACUGUUGGUGUAACGUCUCUGGUCGGUCCUGUCAAGUUUGAGAUCACCAAUGCCGAUAUCAUGAAAACUGCCGCCGUCGUCAAUGAUGAGCAAGAAGAGAGCUAG